UGUGUAAAUGUUGACUUGUUUGCCUUUGGAAAGGGUUAGGACUUUGGUGAGAGCUACAAGUUCUGCUUUUCCGGAGGAGAUUGCUGGAGGUAGGGGCCUGGCUUUAAUUACUUGGUCAAGAGAAACAAUUGAGUAUCCAGCAAUUUUAGGGGAGCCGGUCGGCCUGGAAGAGGAGCCGUCUAUGAAUAGCUGGUCAUUGGGGUUGGUGAGAGGAUUGGAGGGAAUGUUUGGGAAGUGUGGCUGCAGGGGGUCUAGGAUGUCAGUGUCAGAAUGAGUAGGAAGGGAAGAGGGUACGAGGAGUAAGGAUGCUGGGUUGAGGGGAGCACUUUUGGUAAGGCAGAAUUUGGGAUUUUUGAUAAAGAGGGCAUGGAGUCCUUGAAUCUGGGAAGGAGGAAGAGAGCUUAAUGCUUGGUAGGAGAGGACAUCUUGUAGAUUAUGAGGACUGUAGAUGGUGGUAUUUUGGCUGAAUGUUAGUUUCCUGCUUUCUACAGCUAAAACAGCCACUGCUGCUAGUGCUGUAAGACAGGUUGGCCACCCUUUGACUCUGUUGUUGAGUUGUUUAGAGAGGUGGGCUACAGGAGCAAAGGAAAGAGGAUUUUUGUUGUUGUUGUCUUAAGACAGCAAGGGCUAUUAUUUGGUUUUUGGCAAUAUAGAGAGUGAAAGGUUGGGAGAUAUUAGGUAAGGACAGAGACGGUGCAGUGAUAAGAGCGGUUUGGAGUUUGUGGAAGUUGGGGAGUAUGUUAUGUGAGGAGCUUAGGGACUUAUUGAGGGGGCCUUUGGCUGCUUUAUAAAGGGGGUGAACUAGGAGGGCAAAGUUGGGAAUCCAUGUUUUUUAAAAAUCCUGCUAGCCCUAGGAAGACAUGAUUUUUUUUUUUUUUUUUUUUUUUUUGAGGAAGUUGGAGAUAGGCUGUCAAUUAAGGCUGCCUGUGCUGGGAUUAUGGCUCAGGACCUGGGGGAGAGUUUUACUCCUAAGUAGGUCACGGUGGGGUGGAAAGGUGGGAGGAGGUUUUGGUUUGUUUGUAGGGAGAGGCCCUAUAGCCUUUAUUAGUGAGGAAAUUGAGAAGGGUGGCAGUGUGAGUUUGGGGAGCUUUUUAGGGAGGGGCUCCAGAGGAAGAGGUUAUUUACAUAUUGAAGAAGGCAGCUGGGGGAAAGAUCUAAGGAGGUGAGGUUUUGGGCUAGGGCUUGCCUGAAGAAAUGAGGAGCUACCCCUGAAACCCUGAGGGAGGACAGUCCACAUGAGUGGUUGUGACUGGAGGGUGUCGGGGUCAGUCUGGGUGAAAGCAAAGAGGUUUUGGAAAUCGGGGUGUAGGGGAAUGGUGAAGAAAGCGUCUUUCGGGUUAAUUGUGGUGAAGUGGGUGGGAUGAGAGAGAGAAAUGUAUAGGGGUUAGGAACUACAGGAUGAAUAGGGAGGACAGCCUGAUUGAUAGCUUGGAGGUCCUGAACGAGUCGGUAUGAACCGUCAGAUUUUUUAACGGGAAGGAUGGGGGUGUUAUAUGGAGAAUGUGUUGGUCUAAGAAGACUGUGUGAGUAGGGCUUGUUUAUAACAGGUGGGAGGCCCUUUCGGUGUGUUAGGGAAAUGGGGUAUUGGGGAAUGUUGGGAAAUUUAGAGGGGUCGUCUAUCUGGAUUUUGAUGGGGUCUUGCUGAGCAGGUAUGAGAGGGGUGGUGGUAUCCCACAUUACUGGGUUCACAAGAGAGGACGGUAGCGGGUGCUGGGGAGGGGUGUCAGGGGCCACACUGGAAGAGAGGAGCAGGAGGGACUCUGGUUGAGGGGGGCAGGAAAAGGUGACAGAAGCUUUGAAUUUGGCUAAAAUAUCUUGGCCUAGGAUAGGGGUGGGGCAAUGAGGCAUGAUAAGGCAGGAGUUUGAAAAAGUAGUAUUAAAUAGGGAACAAGUAAGGGAUUUCGUAGCCUGUGGACGCAAGACAAGUCCAUCAACCCUACAACAGAGACCUGGGAAGGUCAAAGCGGUCCCCAAAAACAAUGGAGCUGAUGACAUUGGAGACGGUGCGGCUCAGGAAGAAGGGUAGAAGAGAGGAUAAUGUAGAGAUCAUGCCAAGUAAAAGGCAGUUAAAAGUCUGGGAUGGCUGGAAUCUGGAACCUGAAGUCUUUGGAGAAUGGAAAGGAGUGGUUGUGCAUGAGUCUCUCAGCAAUAUAACAGGGCUGAGUAAGAAGUACGGACCGGUGUUCACCAUCUACCUGGGACCCUGGCGGCCCGUGGUGGUCCUGGUUGGGCAGGAGGCUGUGCGAGAGGCCCUGGGAGGUCAGGCUGAAGAGUUCAGUGGCCGAGGAACCAUAGCGAUGCUGGAACGGACUUUUGAUGGCCAUGGGGUUUUCUUCUCCAACGGGGAGCGGUGGAGGCAGCUGAGGAAGUUUACCAUGCUUGCUCUGCGGGACCUGGGCAUGGGGAAGCGAGAAGGCGAGGAGCUGAUCCAGGCGGAGGCCCGGUGUUUGGUGGAGGCAUUCCAGGGGACAGAAGGACGCCCAUUCGAUCCCUCCCUGCUGCUGGCCCAGGCCACCUCCAACGUAGUCUGCUCCCUCCUCUUUGGCCUCCGCUUCUCCUAUGAGGAUAAGGAGUUCCAGGCCAUGGUCCGGGCAGCUGGUGGUACCCUGCUGGGAGUCAGCUCCCGGGGGGGUCAGACCUAUGAGAUGUGUUCCUGGUUCCUGUGGCCCCUGCCAGGCCCCCACAAGCAGCUCCUCCACCACGUCAGCACCCUAGCUGCCUUCACAGUCCGGCAGGUGCAGCAGCACCAGGGGAACUUGGAUGCUUCAGGUCCCGCACGUGACCUGGUCGAUGCCUUCCUGUUGAAGAUGGCACAGGAGGAACAAAACCCAGACACAGAAUUCACCAACAAGAACAUGCUGAUGACAGUCAUUUAUUUGCUGUUCGCUGGGACGAUGACGGUCAGCGCCACGGUUGGCUAUACCCUCCUGCUCCUGAUGAAAUACCCUCAUGUCCAAAAGCGGGUACGUGAGGAGCUGACUCGGGAGCUGGGGUCUGGCCAGGCACCAAGCCUAGGGGACCGUACCCGCCUCCCUUACACCGACGCGGUUCUGCAUGAAGCGCAGCGGCUGCUGGCGCUGGUGCCCAUGGGAAUCCCCCGCACCCUCAUGCGGACCACCCGCUUCCGAGGCUACACCCUGCCCCAGGGCACGGAGGUCUUUCCCCUCCUUGGCUCCAUCCUGCAUGACCCCAGCAUCUUCAAGCACCCAGAAGAGUUCAACCCAGACCGUUUCCUGGAUGCAGAUGGACGGUUCAGGAAGCAUGAGGCGUUCCUGCCCUUCUCCUUAGGGAAGCGUGUCUGCCUUGGAGAGGGCCUGGCAAAAGCAGAGCUCUUCCUCUUCUUCACCACCAUCCUGCAAGCCUUCUCCCUGGAGAGCUCGUGCCCACUGGACUCCCUGAGCCUCAAGCCCACCAUCAGUGGCCUUUUCAACAUCCCCCCAGCCUUCCAACUGCAAGUCCGUCCCACUGACCUUCAUUCCACCACGCAGACCACAUGAAGGAAGGCAACUUGGAGGUGGUGGGUGCCCGGGACGGUGCCUCCAGCCUCAACAGUGGGUAUGGACAGGGUUAAUGUCUCCAAAGUGUACACUGCAGGCAGCCACAUUACACACCUGCAGCUGUUUUCCGGAGACUGUCCCACGGCCCACACACUCACUUACUUGACUCAUGCUGCUGUUAAGAUGCACAACCACACACUCAUACACACCUACAAGAGCCACAGAGCAACUGCUGCGUUAGCUUUCCACAGACAUAAAUAUAGUCCAUCUGCAAUCACGAGCACAUAGCCAGGUAACCCACCAACUCCCCUGGAUCUUCACCCGAAAUGUGGGAGUCUGCCUGUCACCUUUAUAAGCCACAGAAACAGCCACACAUAUUCACAGCUCACACGCCCUCUCCAUUCAUCAAACUUCUCAGUGUCCCUGUCUCUGGUGCCUGGCACAGGGAACAGCAUGCCCCCUCCUGAGUCAUGCCACAGAGAGACCGUCACUGUCUAUGGCCCUGACACAUGCUCCCUCUCGUGGCUGCACCACUCUCCCAGCCUGUGACCACCGAUGUCCACAUACCCCCAACCACUGGUCCACAUAGCUACCCACAUAUGACAUCGUCCUGGCUUCCCGGAGUAUCUUCCCACUUAGACACACCGCUCCCACGGAGGCACAGUCCCCAGCCACCUUCGCAAGUGCAGCCCUCAGUCACCCCUUUUUAAGCACCCUGAUUCUCCCAAAUGCAGAGACAUCUGGGUCUGCAAUUAUGCACGGAGACCUUGGACACACGAGGACCCUCAGACCAGAGGGACACCUGCCCCACCCCAACACGUGCUUAUGUAACCAAGCGACUCCUGCUACCCCUCCACACACACGUACAUCCUCACUGAUCUACAGCCCCUAUUCGGCAUCAGAGUCCCCACUAGACCCAGUGGAAGGGGUUAGAGACCAAGUAGGGGCCAGGUUCCAAUUCACCCUGUCAGGGAUUGAGCCAGAUCUGACGUCCUUGUGAUUUAAGGGUCCGGUUUGGGAAUUAAAGUUUGUUCCUGGCCUUUAGCCUA